AUGACAAGCUGCCCAGCCGCAUCUUCAGCGGCUACACACCAGCCGGGACUCCACCAGGAUAUCCCAAUGGAACGAUGCAUGGUGCACUGGAUUCUGCUGGAGAGCGAACGGGAUCCAAAGAACGACCCGCUUGUUGUCUGGUAUCAGGGCGGACCGGGGGCGUCAUCGCUGUACGGCUUGUUUGUUGAGUUUGGCCCGCUCAGGCUGAACGAGCUCUCCAUGCAGCACUACAACGAAACGGGCGUGCCUGCCCUCAUCCCCAACGAGUACAGCUGGACCAAGUUUGCGAAUGUGCUGGUGAUUGACAACCCGCCACCCGUUGGCUUCUCGUAUUGCGAUCCCGUCGGCCCCACAGGCAACGGCGACUCCUGCGGCGCGUGGAACGACUCCCUGGUGGCCACCGCCAACCACGCCAUGCUCUCCGAAUGGAUCAAGCAGAUGCCCGACUACGCCCACCUCGACAUGUACAUCACAGGCGAGAGCUAUGCCGGCGUGUACGUCCCCACCAUCGUCCGCGCCAUCCUGAAUGACCCGCGCGGGCUGAAUUUGAAGGGAUUCGCUGUUGGCGACGGCUGCCUCGGCACCGAGGUGCUGUGUGGCCCGAGCGGCGGUCCGUAUUGGAACGUCGAGUUUAUGCACGGACACGGCCAGUUCAGCAACAAGCUGUACAACUCCAUUCAGAGCACGUGUACAGAAACGGAGUUGAAGCAAGGCAACCUGUCCACUGCCUGUCAUGCCCUCAUCCAGCAGAUGAACACGGAGAUUGGCGGAUAUUACGGCUACAACCUCUAUGACACGUGUUACGCGCAGCACGUGUUUGCACCCAACCCUUCCUCCUCCAGGCAAUACUGGUCCUCCGCGGUUGGGAUGGGCGUGGGCGGUGCCCUGAACGACUAUCCUUGCCCAGGCGACGCCUUGAACAUCUGGGUCAACCUGACGGAAGCCCGCCAGGCGCUUCACGUGCCCGUUUCCUCCACGUUUUUCAACGGCGACAACGGCGCCGGCAUGAAGUAUUCCCUGACAGAGCCAGACCUGCUUCCCUUCUACGAACAUGUUGUCCGCAACACCAGUCUUCGUGUUCUCGUCUACAACGGCGACACAGACCCUGGCAUCAACUCCUUUGUCACGCAGGACAAAUACGUCCAGUACUUUGACUCAAAGGGUCUGCGCGAGACAGAGACGUGGCGGCCGUGGACGCUGGACGGAAAGAAACAAGUCGCUGGCUACGUCUUUGGUUACGAGAGCAACUUCCAUUACCUCACCAUUCGUGGCAGCGGCCAUAUGGUGCCGGAGUUCAAACCACAGGCGGCGCAGUCGAUGCUGCAGUUCUUCCUUGCAGACAAGAACUGGCCCGCGUACAACCCGUGA